AUGGCUACCACGUCUACCCCCACCACCAAGCGGCUCAAUGUCCUGGUCUAUUCCGGGAAUGGAACCACAGUUGAUUCUGUCCGCCAGUGUCUGUUUUCGUUGCGCCGCCUUCUGGCAUCAAACUAUGCCGUUAUUCCGGUGACGGGUGAGAUGAUUAUUAAUGAGCCAUGGACGGCGAGCUGUGCCCUUCUAGUGAUGCCUGGUGGUGCAGACCUGCCGUACUGCAGCACCCUGAAUGGAGCUGGUAAUCGACGAAUUAGCCAAUUCGUCCAACGUGGAGGUGCCUACCUAGGAUUCUGUGCCGGUGGCUACUAUGGAAGCAAGCGUUGUGAAUUUGAAGUGGGUAAUAAGAAACUCGAAGUCAUUGGAGACCGAGAGUUGGCUUUCUAUCCUGGCAUAUGCCGAGGAUGCGCCUUUCCAGGUUUCGUCUACAACAGCGAGGAUGGAGCUCGAGCCACAGAAUUACAAGUGUCUAGUUCAGCAUUUACCGACGAGGAGCAUCUGCCUAACUCUUUUAAAUCUUACUAUAAUGGCGGUGGUGCUUUUGUGGACGCACCAAAAUUUGCGGACCAGGGUGUUGAAGUCCUGGCUAGCUAUACUGAGCCGAUCAGUGUCGAUUCCGGCGAGGGAACAGCAGCGAUAGUCUAUUGCCGUCAUGGUGAGGGCGCAGCAAUAUUGACAGGCCCUCACCCAGAGUUUGCAGCGGCCAAUCUGGAUAGAAACGCGGAUGGGCCUGAAUUUUGCCAUGUCAUCGAUACUUUGGCUCAGAACGAUGAGGCUAGAACAAUAUUCUUACGAGCAUGCCUCAAGAAACUUGGUCUUCGUGUGAGUGAGAAAGCGGCCCCAGUGCCUGCUCUUUCUCGGAUGCAUCUCUCUGCUCUUGAGCCGGGUGCUGGCGCAGAUCUUAUUUCCGCACUCCAAGAUAUCAUUGUUGUGGAAAAUGAAGAGAAGUAUAUCAAAGAUGACAGUGAUACCUUUCGUCUUGAACGCCCGUCUCCACUUAACAUGGACAAAAUCGUUGAUGCUCUCCCCGACACUAACGAGGACCAGUCAGGCGAUAAAAUUAUCGAUUACCAAAAGAUCAUUAAAGAUGUCGUAGUCCAUGAGGAGUAUCCAUCCUCAGUUGAUACUCCCUGCUUCAAUCACCAAACAUUUUAUGGCAUGAUUAAAGAGUAUCGAACGCAAUCGAGGGAAGAUUUAUCAAAUUUUGGCUCCCAUGUCUUAUAUGCGGAAGUUGUCACUAGUACAAAUACAUUGUUGGAGAAGAAUACACAAUUGCUACGUCGGCUGCCGAAUGGCUUUAUGGCAACAGCGAAUGUUCAAGUUGCUGGCCGUGGUCGUGGCUCCAAUGUUUGGGUAUCUCCGCCUGGGCAAUUAAUGUUUUCGAUAUGCAUCCGGCACCCAGUUGAAAAAUUUGCGAGUGCACCGGUUGUUUUCAUUCAAUAUCUUGUAGCCAUGGCCAUCGUCAAGGGUAUCAAAACUUACGACAAAGGAUAUGAAAAUAUGCCCAUUAAACUGAAGUGGCCAAACGACAUCUACGCACUAGACCCAUCCCAACCAGACAAAAAGAUAUACACUAAGAUUGCCGGCAUCCUGGUUAACGCCCACUUUUCCUCGAGGGAAUACAUAGCUGUCGCCGGAGCCGGCAUAAAUGCCCUCAAUUCUGCCCCUACCACCUCUCUAAAUGCCAUCCUCAACCUCAUAAACUCGAGACUGCCCGCCAACGCACCUGGGAUGCCCCCCCUGUCCCUCGAAAAGCUCCUUGCUCGUAUCCUAACAACGCUUGAAGAGCUUUACACUCGCUUCCUUCGCACUGGUUUUGAUCAGACGUUUGAAGAUAUGUACUAUGCUGACUGGCUGCAUAUGGACCAAAUAGUGACUCUUGAGGCUGAAGGCGGUGUGAGGGCGAGGAUUAAGGGAAUUACCAAAGACUAUGGGCUGCUGGUUGCAGAGGAGCUAGGCUGGGAGGAUCGGCCGACGGGGAAGAAAUGGGAGCUGCAGAGUGAUAGCAAUAGCUUUGAUUUCUUCAAAGGCCUGGUAAAGAGGAAGAUUUGA